AUGGCUGGCUUGUCACUGAACUGGAAGCAACUCAGUUCCAAAAUAUCUAAGCCAAGCAGCAACAACAACAAUAACAACACUACACACUACAACAACAAGAAGAAGAAGUCCCACACGAAAGCCAAAGAGGACCACAUUCAAAAUUCCCUAAAGAAUGAUAAACACCUCCUUCAAUUGAAACACAAUCGAGUGAACAAAGAUGGGUUCAUCAAUGCCAGUCCCUUGGAAUUCACACUUUGGACCACGAUAGGAAACAACGAAAUCAAGAAGGAAAAUAUCCCCACGACUGACAACACCAUCAACAAAUCUGAAAAGGAUAGAAGGAAAGAGCUCGGGAAAAUUGUAGCGAUAGACUGUGAGUUUGUUGGCGCGGGGGAAGGACGAUUAUCACAUCUCGCUAGGGUUACAAUUGUUAACUUCUACGGUCAUGUGGUUUUGGAUCAGUACGUACAGCCCAGAUUGCGCGUUACUGAUUGGAGAACGUGGGUUUCAGGAAUUACACCCUGGCAUAUGCAAUUUGCGAUAAAGUUUGACGAUGCGAGAGCUAGAGUCGAGGAAAUACUCAAAGAUAGAGUAUUAGUCGGUCACGCUUUGGAGAACGAUCUUGAUAAAUUGUGUUUGACCCAUCCCAAGUCCUUAACGAGGGAUACGAGUACCUUCCCACCUUUUAGAGCAGUGUCUUCUGGAAGAACCCCUGGGUUGAAAAAAUUGGUUAAGCAGUUUUUAGAUUUGGAUAUACAGAAUGGAGUACACAACCCUAUUGAAGAUGCAAGAGCCACGAUGCUACUAUACCGCUUGCAGAAGAAUCAGAUUGAGGCAUUUGCAAAGCUGAUAAAAUAG